UUUCCCCCCUCCUCGCAUUGGAUCGUGUGCCUAUAUGGGCUUCCUAAGAGGAGCCAGGCAGGGGAGGGGAGGAGUGUGUGUCUGCCUAUCUUCUGUAGGGUUUGGACCCAAGGAGGCAAGUGUCAUGCGGGGUUUACAGUAGUGAAGAGCCGGGACUAAUAAUAAUAAAUUCUGGGAGCGAGAGAGGGAAGGGAAGGGGAAGGGAGGGGGAGACGGGAAAGAGGGAGGUCUUCUUUGAAGCCGGAGAGGAGGUGUGGGGAUUUGUUUCGGUUCCUUCCUCCCUUUUGGCCAUUGCUCCCGAUCUGGAAUGUGACAAGGCAGAUCGCAGCCAAGCUGAUCGCCUCCAGCAGCGGCAGCGAAGCCACGCGUGGCCAUGAAGCGGCGAAAGCUGGCAGCGGCGGCGGGCUUCUGCCUCUCCUUCUUGCUGGGCACUUUGCUCAACGUCUUCUUCUUCAUCCCGGCUUUCGACCCGCAGCAGCAGCAGCAGCAGAAGGAAGAGGCGGGGGCCCCGCUUUCGGAAGGCAACGAGGGGCUCAGUCGAGGGGACUUGGCUCAGCAGAUCCGGGAGCGCUACGAAGAAGUGCUGCGCUACCGGGAGCCGCGGGCGGCGCGCCUGGAGCGGCGGCUGAUGGACCUCGAGCGCGGCCGGCCCCCUUCUUCGCCCUCGUCCGCUCCCGCUUCGCCCGCAGCCUCCCGCCUGGAGCUGUCCCUGGGCCCGCUGCGCCUGGGCUGCGCGGACCUGCGGGAGGCCGGCGAGGUGCGCUUCCUGGGCUCGGGCUACACCAAGGCCGUCUACAAAGCCGCGCUCCACGGCCACGGGCGCCCCCGCCCCGUGGCCCUCAAGGCCGUGGACUUCUCCGGGCACGACGUGGCCCGCUGCGCCCAGCUCCACCGCGCCCCGCAGGACUGCUACCGCCUCGCCUCCUACAAGGUCCUCAAGGAGAUGGUCCUCCUCCACCGCCUGAGACACCCCAACGUCCUCCAGCUCUAUGGAUAUUGUUAUCAAGACAGUAACGACAUUUCAGAUACACUGACAGCCAUCACAGAACUGGGUUCACCAUUGGAGAUGAUACAGCUUUUACAGACCUCUUGGGAAGAUAGAUUUCGUAUCUGCUUCAGCUUAGUUCAGCUUCUGCAUUACCUGGCCCACUCUCCCCUUGGCUCUGUAACUCUGCUGGAUUUCCGACCUCGGCAGUUUGUGAUUGUGGAUGGAGAGCUCAAAGUCACCGAUCUGGAUGAUGCCAGCACUGAGGAGACUUCCUGCACUAGCAGCAGAGAUUGUUUCAUGGAAUUUCCAGCAAGAAAUUUCACUCUUCCUUGUACUGUUGAAGGCAAAUGCCAAAAUAUGAAUGAAAAGAGGAAUCUUUACAAUGCAUACAGGUUUUUCUUCACAUAUCUUCUGCCACACAGUGCCCCUUCAUCCCUGAGACCAAUGCUUGAUAUGAUAGUCAAUGCCACAGGAGAACUCCAUUGGGGAAUAGAUGAAACUGCUGCUCAACUUGAAAAAGUUUUGCACUUAUAUAAGAGUGGCAUGUAUCUUCAGAACACUACUCAGAUGCCCAAAUCAGAUUACAAAAAGGUACCUGAAGCUGCUAUCCUCGAUGAGAAUUAUAGGUGCUGGCCAUCCUACCAUCACAAGGGAUGUCUCCUUUCUGUGUUUGAUAUUAAUGAAGCCAUUGAGGUUUGCGAGAGCCAUUCGCAGUGCAAAGCUUUUGUUCUCACCAACCAAACAACAUGGACAGGUCGUCAGCUUGCCUUCUUCAAGAUGGGAUCCACUUCCAUGGUGUCUGAUCGUGACAAGACCACAUAUGUGAAAGUGACGGAUUGAAAGCCAAUGUCAUCAAUUAAGUUUAUUCUGUGUAGGCUUACUCAGAAGUAAUGCCUAAGUUCUGAUAGGUUUACUCCCUUGUAAGUGUGCAUAGGACUAGAACCAGCUAAUAUGAAAUAUGACCGAGAUCUGCAUGUCAAUGUAGUCUUUGGUUGCAUGCAAAGAAGCUGAGGAUGGAGAGGGAAUUGCACUAACACUUAUUCUAAUCUACAAAAUGUGGAACCAAACUUUAAAGAAGAGACAAGCAUGACCAGGACAAAUGUGCAAUAGGACAACAUUUUUAAAAUGUGACUUUUUUGUAGAAGCAGAAUGAAAUCCAAAAUGUGAUACACUUUGAGGCUUGCCACAAGUUGUUUUGAAACAACAGGCACCCCGAGUGGGCUUUUCCUUCUAGGGUUACACAAGCUAUGUAAAGUUUUGCAUAGGAGUUGCUAGGAAAUUCUUCCAUUCCCCAGGGAGUUUGGGAUCUUCUGUUCAGAUAUUUAUGCAAGCAAGUACAAUCAUUGCAGUUAAUCGUCUUGUGUUCCAAAGCUAACAAUCAAAACUUCUGGAAGACAAUAAUUACUUCUGUUCCUUGUAUCAAAUAUAGAAGACCAAACCUAAUGAUGACCUUUGGGUCAAGAUGGCAUUGAAAAAGAAAGAAUUUCAAUUAGAUUGAAUCUGGCGAGAAGAAGGAAGGAAGGAAGGAAGGAAGGAAGGAAGGAAGGAAGGAAGGAAGGAAGGAAGGAAGGAAGGAAGGAAAUAGAGGAAACGCACAAGAUAUGAACCUAGUCUAGAUGUAUACAUUAAUCACAAGAUAGUACAAUCUAAGUGUCCCUUAUUGCAUACAUACAUACUGAGAUAUCUUGGAUAUGAGGUCCAAGUCUAAACAAGAAAUUCACUUUUGCUUCAUAUACACCUUAUACACAUAGACUGAAGAUAAUUUUAUACAAUAUUUUAAAUAAUUUUGUGCAUGAAACAAAGUUUGCGUGCACCGAACCAUCAGAAAGCAAAGGUGUCAAGUUCUCAGUUGCCUUUGUGGAUGAUUUUGAAUUUUGGAGUCUUUCAGAUUUUGGAAUUCUGGAUAAGGGAUGCUCAACCUUUAUUACUGGGGUUGUUGCCAAAUUAAAAGUGUAUUCAAUUGAUUUUAUCAGUCUUAAUAGAUAAAUCAACAUAUAUCUCUCAAUGGGAAAGAGAUUAAAAAUACUUACCUAGAAGGUGAGCCAUCAUUAUUAUUACCGCCAUUAUCAUCAUUGGCUUCUUUCUGAUAUUAGAGAAGGCAUUUCUUUCUUCCUCUCCAUUUUUUUUACUCUAGAAGGAAUUAAAAAUUGUACUUAAUAGCUUUACAGAUCUGGAAGGCAUCUCUUUAGAUCUGUGGAGUGAAUCCUUCACCCCAUGGGUCCUGCCUGGGACCCAAAAGCUCUUUUUUGUAAUCCUACCCACCUUCAAUACAUUCCAAUCAUAAAGAAAAGCACCCUUCCUCAAAAAUGCAAUUUACAAUGAAUCUCACUUUUUGGGAAUGCAUGGAUUCUCCUUUCUUUUUUUAAAAAAAACAAGAUGCAUCUUUUACUGGAUUUUAAAAAAGCAAUUUUCCAAAAGUGGUGCUGGAUUUCCACCUAUUUCUAUAUAGAUUUUUUCCCAUUUGGUGGGUCCAUGUUCCCCUAGCGCAGUGGUUCUCAACCUGUGGGUCCCCAGGUGUUUUGGCCUACAACUCUCAGAAAUCCCAGCCAGUUUACCAGCUGUUAGGAUUUUUGGGAGUUGAAGGUCAAAACAUCUGGGGACCCACAGGUUGAGAACCACUGCCCUAGUGGGUUUCCAAGGCAAGACAUCUGGAUUCUUGGGCCAUGUCACUGCCUUGUUAUGUUCAUAAGCACAUCCAAUAAGUUAUUUAACAUGUUUUGUCCAGUUCAUCAAGGAUGCAUUUUUACCUGUUUAAAAUGUUUUUAAUCAGUUAGACCAGGCAUGGGUAAACCUUCGCCCUCCAGAUGUUUUAAACUUCAACUCCCACAACUCCUAACAUCAUUGUGGGAGUUGAAGUCCAAAACACCUGGAGGGUCAAAGUUUGCCCAUGCCUGGGUUAGACUGAUGAUUCAGCUAAAUGUUGCAACCUUACUAUGCGUAGACUGUUUAACUAUCAAGAUGUCUGUGGUUACAAGAGAGAUCUGUACAUUGCAGAGUCCCAAAGGGUCAUUCUGAACUUGAGGUCAGUUCAACAGAUGCACUGUAUUUCUCCCCAUACAUCUACAAAACAGUGUCCCAAUCUUAUCUGCAACAAUUUAGUUUUCCCAUAUGAGUUAACAGAAACAAUGCCCUUGAAAAAUGUUUUGUAAGAGCUUUUUCAUGCAUGAACUAGCCUUAUUCUUUCUUAGGGAAAGAAAUAGCAGCAUUACUUUGUUCAUACUUCAUGUAGCUUGUUCAGCUUAUCCAACAACAGUUGAACCCUUAUCUAUCCACACAGUUUUUCUUGAGAUCCAUUUUCUUGGUCAUGAUAGAAUGGAACACAAGAGCAAAAGAGACAAAAUGCAAAAAAUGUUAUUUGGAUAUUCAUAAAUGUAGAGAUUAUUGUGAAAUGUGACAUGUUCAUUUAGUUGAAUAGUAUAAUCUAAGUCAAAAAGGAUUAUUCACCAAGGUUUUGGAAUGGGAUCUGUUUUUUGGUGAGCAUUCUGCAAGGACUUUAAUAUCUGAAUGAAUCGAAAGGUUUGAAUACUCAGGUUCCUGGAAUAGCUUAUCUCUGCUAGGGACUCUGUUUUGAAAUAUAUUCUGGAUCACAAUUGGAUCCAACUGUCAGACCUGUCCCAAAGCAAGCAAAAAUGAACAAUUCAUAUUAAAUCGAUUUCUGCAUAUCAUUAUGUUCAAAACAUUUGGGGAAGAAAUAUGUUCUUCAUGUAGUCAUAUGUCAAAUUAAAACUGGCCAUUUUCUUUAACAAUGUUUCCAUGAUCCAUCAGCAGAGCAGCUAACAAUAAUGAACAGCACAAUAUUGCAAGGGUAUCUUAUGACCAAAGAUACCUUUCUCCUAGUGAAUCUUUGGAGUUCUGGUAAUACUAAUUGCUAGCUUUAAGAACAAAUGAGCUUAACAGCAGCAAAUGAACCCAAGCCUUAAUAAUGCAAUAGAAAUAGUGAAAUCUUUUCAUAGGCAAAGUGUGUUUAGAUAAUAUGCUUUCAGUGAAAGCAAUCAAGGAAAUGUUAAAAAUGACAAAUGUCAUGCUGUUUUUUUAGUUUGUACAUUCAAGAAUCUUUUGUACUUUUGUUCUUAAAUUGUUUAUUUUUGCAAAAAAAUUAAAAUGAAAUGGAAACUGUU